AUGGCGAUGAUGAUGACUGGCCGUGUGCUGCUGGUGUGUGCCCUCUGCGUGCUGUGGUGCGGUGCCGGCGGCGGUGUCUGUGAUGACAAACCGCAGGCUUUACUUUCUGGCUCUGGUGGCGGCAUGGUUGUUGGCAAUGGUGCUGGCCAAAGUCGUGGAGCUGGCAAUUCUGUCACAGAAGAAGGUGUUGAGAGAGAGGGGGAUGAUCGAACGAGUGACGGUGGUCCUGCUAGAAGUGAGGGCCAACAGCUGCAGGAAACUGUUCCGGGUAAACCGGCAGGAGUCGAAAAUACAAGCAAUUUAAAUUUGCUGGCAGGGAAAGGAACAACUCCUCCUCCUCCUCCACCAGGAAAGCCGAAUAAUUUGCCGAAGCCAACGGAUCCCGAUGUAUCAGCAACCCUCGGUACGACGACAGGACUACAAUCAGCGCAGCAGCUGCAGUCACAAUCGCCGGCGGGUGAAGAACCAACAGCGACAGGCGACAGUUCGCCAGGGCCAGGAACGGCAGCCGCAUCAGAUGCCACGCGGAGCACACCAGCAGGGGGUGGCGCUGAGCCAACAUCCCCAUCCCCAGGUGGGUCGGUUAACCCAGCUGCAGCAUCAAGUUCCGUGACCGCUUCUGUACCGGCACAAAAUCGGAAGGAACAUGCGCCAACAACAACAACCACUACUACGACAAAAGCACCAACUACCACCACCACUACGACUACGGAGGCGCCAACCACAACGACCACCCGCGCACCGUCACGUCUUCGCGAAAUCGACGGCAGCCUCAGCAGCUCUGCGUGGGUGUGUGCCCCGCUGCUGCUCGCCGUAUCCGCGCUGGCGUACACCACUCUGGGCUGA